GGGACGGAGCCGCUUCUCCUGCCGGGUGAGGGUGGCCGCUCAGGGUCGCUGCCUCGGUGCAGCGCGGCGGCUGCUUGCGAGAGCCCGGCCCGGGAGGCGGCGGCGGCGGCAGUUAUAGAUUCAAUAUGCUAUUAAAUGCUGACCAAGUAAACCUAAUUGGACAAGUGUUUGAAUCCUAUGUUUUGGAACAUCACAGGAAUGACAUCUUGCAUAUCUUAAGGGAAAGAGAUGAUGAGGGACACUACCCAGUCAUUGUUGAUGCCCUUACCCUUUUUGAGACCAACAUGGAAAUUGGAGAAUAUUUCAAUGCAUUUCCAAAUGAAGUGCUCCCUAUUUUUGAUAGUGCAUUGCGCAGGGCAGCCAUGACAGCUCUGCAAUCUGCUUCCCAGACUCAUGAUUUUAGCAUUAAGCAGAAUCUUCAUGCCAGAAUAUCAGGUUUGCCUGUUUGCCCUGAGCUAACCAGAGAACGUAUCCCUAAAACCAGAGAUGUGGGUCACUUUUUAUCUGUUACUGGAACUGUUAUUCGUACCAGUCUAGUGAAAGUCCUGGAGUUUGAACGGGAUUACAUGUGUAACAAGUGCAAGCACGUUUUCGUGGUCAAAGCUGAUUUUGAGCAGUACUAUGCUUUCUUCCGUCCAUCAACCUGCCCUAAUGAAGAAGGCUGCAAUUCAUCUAAAUUCACUUGUCUCUCAGGAACAUCCUCUGUUCCCACCAGCUGCAGAGACUAUCAAGAAAUCAAAAUUCAGGAACAGGUUCAAAGGCUAUCUGUUGGAAGCAUCCCUCGUUCUAUGGUGGUUGUCCUGGAAGAUGACUUAGUGGACAGUUGCAAGUCAGGUGAUGACAUCACAGUGUAUGGAGUGGUAAUGCAGAGAUGGAAACCCUUCCACCAGGAUGUGCGCUGUGACCUAGAGAUUGUUUUGAAAGCCAAUUACAUUCAAGUGAACAAUGAACAACUGACAGGGGUUAUAGUUGAUGAGGAGGUUCAGAAGGAAUUUGAAGACUUCUGGGAAAAACAUAAGCGUGAUCCCUUAGCAGGGAGGAAUGAAAUUUUGGCUAGCUUGUGUCCCCAGGUUUUUGGAUUGUAUCUCGUGAAGUUGGCUGUAGCCAUGGUGCUUGCUGGGGGUGUACAAAGGGCUGAUGCUGCAGGAACUCGAGUGAGAGGUGAAUCACAUCUUCUGUUGGUUGGAGAUCCUGGCACAGGAAAAUCUCAGUUUCUCAAAUAUGCGGUAAAGAUUACACCACGAUCUGUGCUUACUGCAGGAAUUGGAUCUACAAGUGCAGGUAUCUGAUGUUCCAGGCUGGCCAAGCAGGGUGUGCUCUUAAUUUUUAUUACAGUUUAUCUGGGAGUCUCCAUCUAAGCAGAGAAGGGUUUUAUGUUUGAGCAGUGAUAUAAGCUACUCUUGAUUGUAUUAAUAUAGUCUCUAGAAAAAAUUGCCAUGGAACUGGACAAGUGAGGGCUGGGAUGGCUCCCUAUAGAUCAUUGGGAAUACAUCAGCCCUGUAGCCAUUUCUCCUGUGGUGGGGACAAACUUGCUUCACCCAGCCCCUCUAGUGGGAUGGUGUGGUAGGAUCUCUGUCAGGGGAUUCUCAUGGAGCCUCCCCCAAAGGAUCAUCCUACUGUUGUUGCUUUUUUGUUGUCCUCCCCCUCCCCCCGCAGAAAAUUAUUCGGGCCUAUAUAUUUUUCUUUUUCUGGCUUUUUUGAUUCUUCCAGAAUGAGUACACACUGUGUGGCUGUUACAUGCAGAAGGAUCAUUCUCUUUCUGCUUAACAGAGACUCCUCCUCUUUUCUCUUCCUCUCCAUAUUUUGGGUGGGUGGCAGGUUGAGAGUCAGUUCUCUGCUGUAAGGCAGUGCCUUGAGCAGCUGAAGCCUUAUCUCGACUCUGAUCCAUAAAGAAACAUCUGAAGAGAAAAUUUUUCCCCCUUAGUAUGCCCCAGAUGGCAGCAAAUGCCAGGGGUUGUUAAGAAUUCUUCCUGAGGGACAGUACAAAGCCUCACUUCCUUCUCCCACCCUUGCAAAUUACACAGUUUGAACAAAGUGCUGUACAAUCAAUAUAUGCAGGAAUCUGUAUAUACCUCAGGAGUAAAGGACAAAGGAUUUCAACUAGUGCAUUUAAUAGAAAUGUGUUUCUCAGACAGUGUUGCUCUUCUUCCAUUUCUAUGACAGGGAAACAGCAUUGUGUUUAAAUGGGAAGAACAAAAGAAUAUCUUUUCCUAGUCCCUUAGCCCUGUUCAUCAUGUGUGUACAACCUAUAUACAGAGGAUUUGUCAUUAAAUACUAUUACUCCUGACUUUAAAAUCAAAAUGUUUGCAAGCCUUUCUACAGGAAGCUACAAGCAUGUUCAUGCUUAGGAUCACCUUGAAUACAUCCAUCAAUAAUAGGAACAGAACAAGCUGUACUUUGGGCUUGUUCAUGUUUCCUCAGGGGACUGGUGUCUCACAGAUAGUGACCUGGACUAAAAACCUUGUAAUCAUUUCUUACAUUAUUGCACCCUCCUUCGGCAGUAAUGAUUAAGUCUGCGAUUUAGUCACAGAAUCCAUGACUUCCAAAGACCUCUGUGACUUCAGCCAGCACCAGCUGGGAGCUGCAGGGUUCCCGCCAGGCAGACCCCCACAGCUCCUGGCCUCUGCUGGUGGCAGGGGGGACCCCCAGAGCUCCGGGCGGCAAGGGAACCCCUGCAGCUCAGAGCUGCCAGUGGAGGGGGGCCUUGGAGCUCUGAGCCCUCAGAGGUGGUGGGGGCCCCUGAAGCUCCCAGCCCGCCCGCAUCUGCCCAGACUCCCCAUUUUGCAAUGGAUAUUUUUAGUAAAAGUGAGGGACAGGUCACGGGUUUCUGUGAAUUUUUCAUUAUUGCCUGUGACCUGUCCAUGACUUUUACUAAAAAUAUCCGUGACAAAAUCUUAGCCUUAGUAAUGAUCUCCCUCAGCCAGCCAAGUUCUUGUACCUCUGCUUUGCCUUGAUCUUCCAGAGCUCUCACUUUCAUUUCCUGCUCCACGUAAGAUGGCUUCCCUGAACACAUGAUCACCAAGGAUGGCUGGAGCUGGGAGUCACUUUAGCAUAAAUGGGGAAACCACACUUGUGAUGCAACAGAACAAGCUGUCCUGGUGUGUAGCGAUGGAGCUCUCUGUGGGUUUCCAGCUCAUUUCUUGCAGGGGGGGGUCUCCAAAAUCCUAAAAUUGCUUUUAGCUCUACAUCAGUGAGGCUUUUAAAAAGAAAGGAAACCCCAUGCUCCCCAAAUUCCACUGCAGGUACAUCACUUUUCCAACUUUAAACUCUUAUGGUAAGGCCCAUUACCAUAAGAGAUAAUGAGGCUCACAUCUGGCUGGCUGUGCAAAUUACAUCUACAUUCACUUCAAAAUCCCUUUACACUGCCAGUGUGGUGUAAAGGCGCCUUAGUGUAAUUGAGAAUAAGACUCUUGUAACACUGCUGAAUAAUAAAAUUACUGAAUAAAGUUCCUUCAAACUUUCUUUGGAUCUUAGAAGCAAUUUAUUUAGAAAAAUAUUAUCCUAAAAGCAAUUUAUUUAAAAAAAAAAACACAUUUAUUGAGCUGUCCAAGUGUAACUUCCAAAUGGAAUGUAUGAGGUAAAACUUUGUUUUGCUGUUGGAAUUUUAUGUUCAAGUAGCUCAACUGAUUUUGCUGGAACUUGUUAGGAAAAAAAUCACCUUUGUAAUAAGAUCAAGCAUUAAAAAUGUAGUUCCUAAAGGACAUAUUUGAGAGACGUGUAUGGUUAAACUGAGGGAGUGUAAAACUGAAAUUGGUACUUUCCUUAACCAUAAUAUAUGAUAUGAUAAUUAAGCAAUGUGCAGCCAAUAUUUUAAAAAUGGGUCUCCUCAAAAAAACUUGCCCUCUUUGCCUUGGGUAGUAUGAGCACUGAGAGAGCCUCUAUCCAUUGCCAUAUUGUUUAGUGCCACUAGGGAUGUCUCUGCACUAUGCCUUGGCCUUGAAAAUCACUUGCGAAGAAUCCAUGAUGUUAGCAAGUGCUACGUGAUGUUGGAGUUUGGGUUCUGAAUGAUUUUGCCUAAGAGUGUGAGGUUGGAGGGGUGACCUGUGUCACAUGUUCGUAUCUGGAUGAUCAGACAGUCUAUUGCAUUGUUCAGGAAGAAAGGAAAAGUUACUUCUCUGAAGAUUUUGAUAAGCUGUUAGUAGUGGACAUAAUUUCUCUUCUGUGACUUUUACCAUGAAUUUGUUUCGCAUAUGGUGUUCCACUAUUUGUAAUGGAUACUAGCAUGUGAUGGGGCCAAAUUCUGUCAGGGCAGCAGGGUGAUUAAUGCCAUCCAGUCCAUCUUCAAAUGUAUGGCCUCAGUAAGUUCCUCUUAAAUACAGUUGAUCUUUUCUGCAAGUUAGGAUAGGAGCUUUUCAGAGCACUCAGUGCUUGGGUCCAGCCUCUGGAUGAUGCAAUCUGGGAUGAUUAGCUAGGUGGAAUAGUUCUGCUGCCAUUUUAUUGUAGCUGUGAUGGUGGUAGACCCAGUUAUUUAGUUUGUUUAAAGGGACAAAAUGCAGUUAGGCAUUGAACUCUUACAAUCUUUCAGUUCAAAUGGGGCACCUAAUUGUCUGUUGUACAUUUGAAAAUCUGAAGGGUUGUUGUUGUUGUUGUUGUGUGUACACUGAGGAAAUAUUCGGAUUUGGAUCAGUUUAUUCACUCGAUGCACUUCCUGCCUUAGGUGGAAAUUUGAUCAAAAGUGUUUGUGUUUAAAAAUGAAGACAAUCUCACAAAUGUCCUGAAACAAUAGAAAUUCUUACUAGUUAGGGCACAUGCAUCCUUACUAAACAAUGUCAGAGGAUAAGAGAAAAUGCUCCCUAUUUUCUUUUAAGUAAUCAAUCAUCAUGGGUUUUACCUUCCUUUAAAAGAAAUAAGUUUUGGAACCUAACAGGUUCACAGUGUCAAUGGUUAUUGCUAAAUACUGAACUAUGUUCUUACCAGGCUGAUUACAAAUGUUAUAUCAGCUAUCCGUGUGCAAAAUCUAUCCACCCUUUUGCCUUGACUCACAUAAUAAGAUUAAUGAGAGGAUUUGGAAGAAUAGCUACAUUGUUAGUCUUAUAAUUAUUAAAUGUCUCAAAUCUGUGCAAUUGGUCUUUAUCUUCAAGGAUGGUAACAGAAUACUUUAUGGUAAGAUCUUCAGGUCAGGUACUGUGUGCGCGCGUGUGUACAGUGGUAUCACAGUGGAGCCUCAAUCUUAAUUUGUGCCUGUGGGUACUACUAUAAUACAAAAAUAAUAAAAUUGUGUAUUGAAAUGUCUUAAACCCAAAAUGUUUUAUGAAGCUACGGUAGGAUGAAGCACUUCAACCUCUUAUUAACUAUCUAAACCGACUACAUGAAUA